AUGUCUGUUCACAGAGACACAGCCAGUACCGAUAGCGACGAAACCAGUGUCGAAGCACUGGCCGCAACUCCUGCCGCUGAUGGGCCAGAUGUGCCAGCUUUGUCGGAUUCAUUCGUACCUUUUGCCGACAUACCAGACUGCACAGGUCCCAUCGUCACUCUUCGAGCGGCCGUGGUAGGAGUUUUAUGCGGUGUCCUCGUGAAUGCAUCCAACAUUUACAUUGGACUCCGGGCUGGCUGGACCACCUCGGCCAAUGUUCUAGGCGCUAUAGUCAGCUUCACCGUUCUAAAGCGAGCUUCUUCGACAUUUGGCCCGCACGAGAACAACAUUGCGCAAACCAUGGCGACUGCCUCCGGCGGCAUGUCCAACGUCUUCAUCUCGGGCAUCCCCGCGCUGUACCAGCUGAAUCUCCUCACUACGCCCGCCAAAGACUUUGUUCGCUUGGUGAUCCUCACCACGAUUGGCGGCUACUUCGGCCUUCUCUCCAUUGUCCCAUUGCGUAAAUUAUUUAUCCACAAGGCAGCGCGAGAUUUGAACCUCGUUUUUCCUUCGUCCUAUGCAACGGCCGCCACAAUUCGCAGUAUGCAUUCGGCGGCUGGCGGUGAGAAGCUGGCGAGGGAUAAGAUGAAGUGGACGGUGGUCGCUUUUGUGGCCGCGAUGGCACUACGCGUAGCUUCCAUAUUCCUGCCCAAUAUUCUCUGGAACUGGCAUGUGUUCGCCUGGAUCGCACAAGCACGCAUCUCGACCGGGAUUACCAAAUUUGCCAUUGCUGCCGAGAGCUGGGGCUGGCUGUUGGACUGGUCGCCGGCAAUGAUUGGCUCUGGGUUUCUCGUUGAUAUUGGCGUCGCGUGCUCAUUCUUUACCGGCGCUGUUUUUGCAUGGGGCUUGUUAGGGCCAUAUCUUGUGUUUGUUGAAUUAGCAUUCGGCAAGCCAUCAGACAGCACAGAAGCAGCGCUGCCGGGCUUAGUAUCAUACACGACAAUGUCGAGUACAUUUUCCACAGCGGAGUACCCAAGCCCUCGAUAUUGGUUGUUGUGGCCAGGCGUGGCAUGUACGCUCGCCGUCGCUUUCUUAGAGCUUCUGUGCCAAUCCAGCAAGAUCUGUACGCUUGUCGCUACUGCAAUGAAGGGCCUGCUGCGGUCACUGGUGCGCAGAGCAGGCGACAACUCGUUUCAGUACGCGGCUGUCGGCCAAGACCCGGGCCAGUUGAGCGAGAAGAUAAAGGCAAAAGAUGGCAUUGAAUUGUGGAUGUGGCUUCCAGGUCUUGGGAUUGUCAUGCUUGCGGCAGUUGUAAUUUUGCAUUUUCAGUUCAGCAUGCCAUUCCUGGAAGCUAUCGUAGCCUUGAUCCUGUCAUUCUGCAUGUCGCUAAUUGCCAUACAAGCUACGGGCGCAACUGACACAACUCCGAUCAAUGCCAUCUCCAAAGUUUCCCAAAUCGCUCUCGGUUCCAUCACGCGGGCGUCUGGAGCAUCCGUGGAGGCGGCCCAACGGCUCAAUCUGGUGGGCGCCAGCAUUACCAACAUUGGAGCAUGUCAAGGCUGCGAUCUCAUGGGUGACUUUCGCGUCGGCUUCUUACUGGGCACCCCAGCGCACCUCCAGUACGCGGCUCAGCUCAUCGGCACGCUCGUCGCGGCACUUGUGGCGCCUGCCAUCUUCCUUCUCUUUACCACAGCAUACCCAUGCAUUAUUUCUGGGGAGGCAAGUACAUGCGACUUCCCAGCGCCAACGGUAGCGGCCUGGCGAGCAGUGGCCGUCGUUGCCAGCACCCCGAAUCCCUCGAUUCCUUCUUCGAGUUUGUAUUUUUCCAUCCUGCUAGCGGCGUUUGCCAGUGUUUUGGUAAUUGCAAAGCACAUUCUUUGCAGCUCGGGAUAUUCAUGCGUCAAGGCUUAUUGGCCCAACAUGAUGAUAUUCGGGUUGGCCUUUACCCUUCCCAACGCGCAGACGGCAACAACCAUGAUGAUCGGUGCUCUAGUUGCGGCGGCAUGGCGAAUGAAAAGUGUGCAAAGAUUUGAAAUGUAUGCAUUUGGAGUGGCCGCUGGGUUUGUCGCUGGCGAAGGCAGCGGUGGCACGAUUCUUUGCGCUCUGUCCCUAUUAGGGCUUGCAUAG